AUGGCGACGACCAGGUACUGGAGGCUCGUGCCUCGCAGUCGGGUACUGUCACUACACACUGCGGCCGAGGCAGUCGUUAGGGCUCCGGAAACGACUGGCCCAGAUGUCGCGUCGGCCCCUGUUGCCGUCUACCCGCCGAUUGUGGCCUCCUUGACUGCCAAAAGCAAGGCAGCGCGGCAGCGGAGGAUAGAGCGGUGGCAGGCGGCGGUGCACGCGGCUGAAUCUGUAGAUCAGAAGCUCCGAAUCCUGACCAAGAUGCAGUUCAUGAAGUACGUGGUUUACCCGCAGACCUUCGCCCUGAACGCUGAUCGCUGGUAUCAAGGCUUCACCAAGACCGUGUUUCUAUCGGGUCUGCCGCCGCCGCCGGCGGAUCCCGAGCCCGCGCCUGCCCUGGAGCUGGCCUCGCUGCGCGCGGCUGCCUGUGACUGCCUCCUGCAGGAGCACUUCUACCUGCGGCGCAAGCGGCGCGCGCUUCUCUACCAGGAACUGGAGCCCGUCUCCUCAGCUUUUCUGGACCAGCUGGUGGCCGCCCUCGUGGGCCUACUCAGCCCGCACAACCCGACUUUGGCAGCCGCUGCCCUCGAUUAUAAACGCCCAGUUCACUUUUACUGGUUACGUGAUGAGGAAAUUAUUCCUAGGGGACAUCGGAAAGGUCGAGUUGAUGCUUUGCGAUACCAGAUAGAUGAUAAACCACACAACCAGAUUAGAAUAUCCAAGCAGCUUCCAGAGUUUGUACCGCUGGAUUAUUCUGUUCCUCUAGAAAUCCCUGUUAUGAAAUGUAAGCCAGACAAGCUUCCAUUAUUCAAACGACAAUAUGAAAACCUCAUAUUUACUGGCUCGAAAACAGCAGAUCCACACUGUUACGGUCACACCCAGUUUCAUUUGUUACCUAACAAGUUGAAAAGGGAAAGGCUUUUGAAACAAAACUGUGCUGAUCAGAUAGAAGUUGUUUUUCGAGCUAAUGCUAUUGCAAGCCUUUUUGCCUGGACUGGAGCACAAGCUAUGUAUCAAGGAUUCUGGAGUGAAGCAGAUGUUACCCGGCCUUUUGUCUCCCAGGGCGUGAUCACAGAUGGAAAAUACUUUUCCUUUUUCUGUUACCAGUUAAAUACUUUGGCACUGACUGCACAAGCUGAUCGAAAUAACCCUCGUAAAAAUAUAUGUUGGGGGACACACAGUAAGCCUCUUUAUGAAGCAAUCGAAGAUAAUGAGGUGAAAGGUUUUAAUGAUGAUGUUCUACUUCAGAUAGUUCACUUUCUACUGAACAGACCAAAAGAAGAAGACAAAUCACAGCUGUUGGAAAACUAG